UUCCCCCUUUCUUCCUCCGCUUGAUUCCAGAGGCUUGCUUUGACCUGAGAGGGAUAUUCAUCCGAGUGUUCUGGGUGCUGCGAGUUCUUGAUUUCUUCCGGGAAAUUUGAGCUGCUGCGCAUUGGCCUCAUCUCGCUCGGGGGAUUCACCCAUUUCAUGUUGAGGGUUGAACUUCUGCCACCGAUAAGAAGAUGUGAUCGAGGUUUGCACUUUUCUCAAUUUUCUGCACCGGAGCCGCUGGAUGUGAGUGAUGGGGUGCGUACCAACAAAGCAUGCUGGUCGGUCACCGCAUUCACUGGAUACACGGGAAGCUGUGGCCCUUGCUUCCGAAACAUCUUGUGAGAAAGUGGAUCUUCCAGAUUUUGUUAAUAUUGCUACUGGAACAGCGUUUACAGUAAGUGAAGUUGAGGCACUACAUGACCUCUUCAGGAAAAUAAGUAAUUCAAUCAUCAAAGAUAAUCUAAUUAGCAAGGAAGAAUUCCACGUUGCUCUAUUUAGGAACAAGACGAAGCAAAAUCUCUUUGUUGAUAGGGUAUUUGACUUGUUUGAUCAAAAACGAAAUGGUGUUAUUGAAUUUGGUGAAUUUGUUCGAUCUCUUAGUGUGUUUCAUCCAGAUGCACCUGAAGAACAAAAAGUUGCAUUUGCAUUUAAGUUGUAUGACUUAAGACAGACUGGCUUUAUUGAACGGAAUGAGUUGAAGGAGAUGGUGUUGGCUCUGCUAGACGAAUCAGAUUUGGAUAUUACAGCUGAUGCUGUCGAGAUGAUUGUUGAUAGGACAUUUGACCAGGCUGACACAAAAGGUGAUGGGAGGAUCGAUCAAGAAGAAUGGACUGCAUUUGCUAAAGACAAUCCAUAUGUACUAAGGAAUAUGACCCUUCCAUACCUUAAGGACAUCACCAUGGUAUUCCCAAGCUUUGUGGUUCACUCAGAAAUCAGUGAAGCAGAUAUGGCUGCCUAACCUGAAAAGUGAGAAGUAACUGCAAGCAUGCAACACAUCUCUGUACAUCCUGAUCUAAAUACUGAUGAAAGGACAUGCUGCAAGCUUUUUCAUCAAGAAAAGGUUUGAAACACGUCAUCCAAGCACCCGUUGUGGUUAGAAUUGUGGACUGGCUGCAAAUGGUGGAAGUAGGAAAUGAGUUUUGUUGUCUUACCUACAAGCAAAAGAGCAAUGUAGCAUCCAACUCCAGCAUCACUAACCAAAUGUCUAAACAUGUACAAGACACAGCAAUUUGUCUAUUUCUGCUUUUGUUACGUUGGAGAAUGCUUAGACAAGGAUGUUGCAGCCUCAUAGACCAAGUGCAGCUGUUCGACUCAACGCCAUUUAAACAAAAAGGAUAUACAGUAAAAAUCAAUGUUUAACACUUCUCCCCUCACAAAAAAGGGUUAUAUGUUCUCUGAGAAUAAGUUAAUUGAAUCACCAUUAAACCUGAAUACCUGAUGUAACAUUGCUACCAUAUCUUUUUUUUAUCAGUUUUUUAUGGUAAACGCCCUAAGGGCAGAAAUUUAAUA